AUGCUCCGUCUCGUGCUGGUUCUACCUCCGGUCUCUCCUGCAACUGAAGUGUACAAACUGUUAUUCCGAGUCAAUCGACCGGCGGCUGGAUCUCCCGGUCGGGUAGCGCCACGCAUUUUCUGGAGUCUGAUCAGUUUGAGCCGUCGAAACUCACCGGAUCGCACGGCAGGUGGAAGCCCAAUUGUCACUCGGCUGAAUAUUGAGUCAUCCGAGUUGAAACACUUGGCCAUGGUUCUGAAAGUGAGUUGGGCACAAACGUGGUGGCUCAUGUCGUUAAUCAAUUCGAACGUGACAACUCCAGUCCGUGCUGUGAUUUACUUAUUUGUUUUUUUUACAAAUAUCAGCAUGUGCAGUCUCUGCGCAAGCAGGGAACAACCAAUGGUGCUGAGAAAUAGUAGGAUAAUUAAUCUCUGGGACUCGGAUCAUUAA